UCUGAAGUAUGAGUUUGCUUUGCACGAUUGCUGAAAACCCUACCAAACCGUUGCAGAAAAUCGACUUUCAUUCGCAGUACAACGAGUACAACAGACUGCCAUGUGUCUCUCACUUGGACGACGAUAUCCUUGGUGAAAACAAUCAUCAUCCUCCAUCCAGUAUUGCCGUGAAAUGGCAUCUUGGGGCGCAGUUGAUUUUGUUCAUCUCAAUGUUGACUUCAGUUGGCAUUGGGAUUCUGGUUUUUGUAUUGUCACUCUCUGGAGGUAGCAAAACCGCAUUUGGAUUUGCAUUUGACUCACUGCUGGACACGGCUACAUCAGCAAUCGUGUUUUGGAGAUUUUAUGGAGCAGCCGGUGUGGAACAUUCGUGGGAAAGAGAAAAACAAGCCUGCGUCGGGAUUGGCGUUUGUUUUAUUUUCUCGUCUUUCGGGAUAUUUUCUCGCACGGUGUAUCUUUUGCUACAACAGGAGAUGCCAGAGAAGACACCAGGACUCCUCGUCAUUGCCUGCAUCAGUUGCGUUGGUUUUGCCAUUAUUUCGUGGUUCAAAUUCGUGAUUGGAAACGCCAUUCACAGUUUGUCAAUGAAAACAGAUGCUUUCAAUUCUUCAACAACAGCCUUCAUGGCUUUAGGCUUAUUAGCAAGUACCUUUGCUCAGCGUCAAAACGAUCAAGUGUGGUUUCUGGAUUCAAUUAUCGCUAUUUCCAUCGCCUUCGUUAUAUUCGUCUAUGGUUUGAGGCUACUGACGGAUCUACUUUUGGGCCAUGGAAAAGAGCGGGAAUGGACAUUCAUUGAUUAGUCACUGCACAAUGACGAUGUAAAAAUGAUAUAUUUAUGGUACAGAGUGAUCCAAUUUCGACAACGUGUAAUUGUUAUACAAUGUUAGUAAUACUAGUAUAUUAGUGUUAGUAAGGGAGUGAUUAUAACUAUACAAUGAAUAUAAAUGACGAAUAUUUAUAAAUUCAUGUUAAAUGCUGUGGCGUGGAAUUCAUGUAAAUUCAUGUUAACUAAAUCAUUGUGCCUAUAACAGUAUUUUCGUCUAAAAAUCUUCACGAACUUUGCUCUAUUUUGAACAAACAACAGUCAAAAGAUCACAAAGCUUUCAAC